AUCAGGGGCGGACUGACCAUUUGGAAACUCGGGCACUGCCCGAGGGCCCGGGGUCAGUAGGGGCCCCCAUGAGAUGCCCCUAGCACCUUUUUCAUAGGCUUUUUUGAGUUUGGGCAAGGACACAGGGGCCCCAUGAUCCCCUAUUGCCCAGGGGGCCGCAUGAGUUGUCAGUCCGCCCCUGGCCUAUAUAAUCAUAGUGACACUAAUAUAGUGAUCAGUGCUAAUAAAAAGCACAGACACUGUACUAAUUACACUGGGCAGGAAAGGGUU